GUACGUUUCUGUUUCAGGGAUGGUGAUGGAAUUGCUGCAUGAUGGUGAUUGCAGCUGAAAGUGAUUGGUAGCCACACAGGUAGCAGUUGCCAUGGAUACGGUUGGCAUUGACCUGCAGUUCAGCUGUUCCAGGUGCGGUCAUGCUCGCCGCUUUCCGACCCUGGGAGCGCUGCAGGAGCACAUGCAGCAGUGUGUCGGGUACGGCGCGCAGAUGUUCCCUUCUGGUAAGGACCAGUCUGUUAUACCAGCCAGCCCGAGGAGACCGGGUUCUGGGAUGUCCUUUCUCAGCCCUGUGUACGAACAAUACAGCAAGGAGGCGCUAGAGCUGGAGCGGCAGCUCAUUCUCGCUAAGGAAGCCGAACGGCAGAACCGGAUGAAGAGAGGCUCUCCGAGGGGUUUCGACAGGUAUGGAGACUUCACAAACUUGUACGCAAGCUUUCCGCCCGCGAGAUCCUCGGUACGGUUUGAGGACGAAACGUGGGAUUCGGACGACCACUACGAUAACCUGGUACAAAGUGACCACUUCCCCUCGAUGAAACAAAAAUGGAUGCCGCUACCGGAUCGCUCCAUUCUAAGGGAUUACGAGCGAGGACAUACUGACAAACGCGUAAAACAUCACGAACCCGUUUUGUUCGGAAACAAUAGAAGCUCUGUGCUUCCACAAUCAAGUCGCGGUCUGUUAUCCGCCAAGGAGCCGAGACUAACCGCAAACGAAUCUCAGGUUCUCCAUCAAAUGCAGGAGGAUCUGAAAAGGAAGGACUCCCUGUUAGAAAAGGCCAGCGAGGAGCUGCAGAAAAUGACGCUAGAGAGAAGGAAACUACAAAGCGACCUCUCGGAGAUGAAAAAGCAAAUGGAUGGCAAUGUGGAAGCAGUGACCAGUCUGAAGGAAGCAUUGCAGAAGAAGGAGAGUGAGCUAGAGCACAGUAAAAGGUCCACAGAUCAGAUGGAAGACUUCAUCCAGACAGCCACGCAGCAGGAGACAGAGGCCAAGGACAAGCUGAGGAACUUCAUCGAGGCCCUGACCAGCCGGACUGAGCGGGCGGAGAAGGAGGUGGAGUUCUACCGCAGCCAGUCUUCCCUGGUCAGUCUCAACUCUGCUGUCAGCUGUACCACAUCUCUGUGUACCAAGUGCAAGAAGAGACAGGCACGAAUGUCAGCUCCUCUGGGCAUGUUGCAACGCUCAGCCAGCGCCUGCAGCAUCCAGCAUCCCUCUGACAUGGACACCAGCAGGAGACCCAGUGUCAGUCAUCAUCAAAGGUCCAGCAGUGUGGACCCAGUCCAGUUGAACGGUGGCCUGUCAGACCUGGUGAAACAGGCCCGUGUUUUACACAGCAGCCAGGGGAAGGGCUCCCCCAACCAGCCCUCCACCUCCCCCAGGGGUUCCAACGACUCCGGCCUAGGGGACAGCGGCAACGGCUCGUCACAGAGCGGCACGUACGCGACAGUCAGCCCACCUGCACCGCAGUAUUAUGACAACGACCUUCAACAUCCCCAAGGUCACGGCAUGGAGGUCCCUUACAACCGAGCCCUGUCGCCAGAGGAAAUUGAUGAUUUGCAGGCUCAGGGUGUGAUUUUCCCAGAUAAUACACCCCAGAACCAGAGAAGGUCACAUACAUUAAACAAUGGUUACUUGAGUAACAGCUAUCCUAUGUCAUCACCAUCCACAGGGCGGAGGGGAAUGGCUAGUGAAAAUGGUUACCACAGUAACAGGAAUGGUCUUCCCAAUGCAACCCCUCCCACCCGCAGGAGGACAGCAUCAUAUUCAAAUGAGGAGAGAUAUCCAACCAAUGACAUGGCGUACCCAGUAACCACACCCCCAACUGGGAGGAGACAGACUCCCCAUUCAGGUUACCAUAGCAACCUGACCACGCCCACUGCCACGCCCUUAAAUGCUAGAAGAAUGCAAAACAGUCCCAGUGGUUACCAUGGCAAUGGAAUAAGUCCAAAUGCCACCCCUAAUAUGGCACGAAGGAAUCCCUAUGGGAACGGUUACUAUGGCAACAGUAGUGGGUUCCCUUCACCACAGUCCACGCCCAACCCUGUCAGAAGGCCGCAGUUCACAGAUGAGGACAGCUACUUUGAAGACAGUUGUCAAGACGACAAUAGUUUCCAUGACAACAGCGACAACUACGACCCCAAUAGACAAGAGGUAAGAAACCAUGUCAACAAUCCACGGCAGAGAAAUAACAGGAACCCUCCACAGCAGCAGCAAUAUCAUCCAAGUGCAAUGCCUUCACAAACCCCAGUGGGAUACCCGCAGAACCGCAGCAAGAGACCUUCCAUGGAGAGAUUUGGUGGCAGCUUUGAUGACGAGACCCUGACAGAAACGGGUUCCAUUACCACGGUAACCACAGAAUCAGCGUUUGAUGAUGACGAUAUGUUCAUGAGCAGGAGAAGCAGUAGGAAGAGGAGCAGGAAGAGGCAGCAGGCUGAGCUGGUGAGGCGCAGACAGGAUGCCUUGACUCUAGCCUUCAGCUACCUGGACACUAAGAGCCUGUGUGCCUGCUCCAUGGUGUGUAGGGAGUGGACACUGAUCAGUCGACAGCCUGCACUCUGGAGACAGGUUCACUUGGAGAGGGCCAGGGUUGGCUCCAAGUUCCUACAGACUAUUGCUAGGUGGUGCACAGAGCUACAGGUGCUGACUCUACAGAACCUGAGACCCAGGAAGAGGAGGGAUGGGGAAAACAAGAAAGAAUACUUUCACAAAACUAGAGGGAGUUUAGAACCAGGUCUGGAACGGCUCCUCUCAGCCACCAAACAGAACUUACUCAGCCUCAGGAUCAGCAACUGUGGCAACGUCCUCACAGACAGAGCGCUGUGGUUGGCCAGCUGCCAUUGCCGGCUGGUGAGAGACGUGAUGUACAAGAGUGAGUCAGACCCUGUAGGACAGGAGGUCAUCUGGGCACUGGGCGCCGGCUGUAGGGAGAUCACAUCACUCAGUCUGGCUCCUAUGUUCCCAUGCCAGCAGCCUCAGAGAUUUAACAACCGGUGCCUACAGAUGAUUGGUCAGUGCUGGCCCAUGAUGCAGCAGCUUACCGUGGGAGGAGUGGGGAUCACUGAGAAGGGACUGUCCACCAUUGCCAGUAACUGCCCCAGAUUACAAGUCCUAGAGUUAGACCACAUGCUGGAGAUCACAGAGGCCUUUGCUGUGGAGAUGUGUAGGAAUGGUCUGAAGGGGCUUCGUGUGCUUGAGUUCAGCUUCACCCCCGUCACACCACAGGCACUGCUGCACUUCAACAGUAGCUGUCCUAACCUGAGGGCCAUCAACAUCCACAUCAGCAUCUCAGACUACUUUGAAGACGUGGAGAAUGAAGAUGUACAGGAGCUGUAUAAAGAUGUUGUCAUCAAGUUGAAGCAACUGAAGAAGAGACCAGGGUUUGCUGGCCUACUGCAUAUCAAAUCAGACUACUAGUAACAAAAACUGAAAGACUUUGCUGAAGACUUCAAACAUACAUUGUAUACACAAACCUAC